AUGCCCUUAGACGCCAAAAAAUUGGGGUCGAACCACGGAAUCAAGAAGGAGAAAAUUCGAAUGGAAUCUAGGGGCUCUGUGGCCGAGGCGCAUGGCCUCCCCUUCGACGCAGAGGACAGCGACCGCACUGUCGGCCGGCGGCCAGAGAUCGCGGUGACGCAGGUCUUCCGCUGGCAGCCUGCGCUCGACGACUGGGGCGCACUCUCGUACGAGUUUUGCGAGGCGCUUGGCCGCCGCUUCUCGAGCUACGCCUUCGAGCCGCGUCCGGGCGCCGUGCGGCUGCUGACGCUGCUCAACGAGUACCAGGUGCCCUGCUGCCUCUGCUCGGAGCUGGACGAGCGCUCUCUGUCGGACAAGGUGGAGGCGGCGGACAUGGCCCGCUUCUUCCAGGCCUCCAUCUGCGCCGAGGAUGGCGCCGAGACGGCCGAGCAGGCAUACCUCGCUUCCUGCGUCAAGCUGCGGCGGCCGCCCGCGCGGUGCGUCGUGUUUGAGGACUCGCCGCAGGGCGUGAGCAGCGCAAAGGAGGCGCUGGCGAAGGCGGUGGCGCUCGUGGGCAAGCACCCGGCCUAUGAGAUGAUGCACGCCGACCUGCGCAUCUCCAGCCUCGAGGACCUCACCCUGAUGGCCAUCCGCGAGCUCUUCAGUGGCGAGGAGCCGCGCUAG